AUGUCGGACAAAUCUCUUCAUGUAGGCGACCUUCUUGUGGUUCUUUUUGCACGCUCUCAUCCGCCUGACACGUUCCAUUGGGCAAUCUGUGUUCCCAUUACACCUAAAGAGGCUCUCAAAUUUCACGCAAAGGAGACUGGUGGUCAUUGGUUUUUCGAGGAUAAUCCCGUGCCCAAGCACGCAUUGCUCAGUGAUGCCACCGUAUCUGCAUCUAUAAAAAUCGGUGAACUCAAGAGUAUCAGUAGUGUCAAUGAUCUCCAGUCUCUGUUCAAAAGUAUUCCUCUCGCUGUACCUGUCGUUGAUGCAGCCGCUGAGCCAGUAUUCCGGUGUCGCGUGUGGUUCAAGGAAGCCGUUCGACAGCUUCAUGCACAUGGAUACAUACAAUGCAUAGACGUUAAUGAUCUUGAGGUGGAAUGCAAGUCGUUGGCGCGAUUGAACGAUCCAUCUCAGUCGUCCUACGCUGGUUACAAGUACUACGAGUCCUCGAAGUCGCAUUAG